GUUCCUCCCGUGCCCCGGCGCGCAGGGCGUGGCCGAGAGCGAGGCGGUGCACGAGCACGCGCCGCUCAGGGGCGGCGUGCCCGUUUUCUCUGGCCCCGUGCUGGUGUGGUGCAGCCCCAACGCGGCGUAUUACGAGACCAUGGUGUACCAGUCUGGCUGGCUGAACUUCUGGCUCAGCAGAGGCGUCAGCAUUUUCCUGUUCAACUACUCCGGCUACGGUCGCUCCUCAGGAACGCCGUCGCCCCCCUGCAUCUCGGACGACGGCGAGAGCGUCAUCAGGUUCCUCAAGGGCAAGGGGAUCACGCAGAUCGCGGUCUACGGCCGCUCCAUCGGCGGCGUGGCCGCCUGCCACCUGGCGCGCCAGCACCCCGACGUGGUGUGCCUGCUGGUGGCGGACCGCACGAUGUCCACGCUCGAGAGCGCCGCCAGGUGCAUGUACGGCGCUUGGGCGGCCAAGGGCCUGAGGCUAACCAACAUGGUGCACGAGAACACCGACAACUUCUGGGAGUCCCGCUGCUACAAGCUGCUCGUGUGUGACCCCAAGGACGCGAUGAUCCUGGACCUGGCGGCGCUGCGCACCGCCGUCGCGCUCCGUGUUCUAGAGAGGACCGCGCCGCACGAGCGCCUGGGCCUACCGGACGAGACCCUUCUCGGGCUUUUCGAGGUCUGGGCCUUCUUCGAGCGCCUCUUCGCGGUCUGCGAGGGGGAGAGCGAGGGCCUCGCGAUGCCCGUCCCUUGCGAGGUCGGGCGGCAGGCACGGGCUCCGGCGUUCCGAGAGGACGUGCGCCUCAAGGCGGCAGAGAGCCCCGAGCACGGCCGGCCCCCAGCCGCCGCCGGCACGAGGGGCGCCGGGGAGCUCGUGGGGCAGCAGUGGCUCUCGGACAACGCGUGCCUCGUGCGCGCCGUGGUCGCUCCGCUUGUGGAGCAGAUACGGUCCGCGCUAGACGUUGUGGGCGAGAACCUCGAGGGCGGCGGGGUGACCCUGAACGACGUGCUGUUGGAGAGCCAGAGCAGCCCGUGCAAGGCCCUGCGCUGCCUGCUGGCCAACCUGCAGGUCUGGGGCACCCUGGGCGACGGCCAGGAGGCACAAGAGCUGGAACCUUAUGGAGAGCCACCACCUCAAGCAAUGUAUGGGCCGUCGGUUGGCGAGCGCGACAUUGAGCAGUUCUUGUCCAAGGACGGCAACGGCGACUUGGUUUCGUCAAGGCGCACCGAGGAGCUGGAGCUCGCGCUCGCCCCGGACAUGCUGUCCUCGUACCACAGGCGACUCGCCCGGGUGCGCGUGGCGCAGGUGCGGCGCGAGAUCAGGCGGCGGCUGAGGGCGCUGCGUCACGCCUUCGCGCACCUGGGGCUCGCGGGCGGCAGCGCGGAGGCCGCCGCGCCUGAGGCGGCGGAGCGGCUUGUGCGCACCGUCAUGCACCACCUCGGGGAGGUCGAGGCGUUCGUGUCGGCGCUGGGGCGGUUCUUCAAGAGCACCGACCUGGCGACGGCAAGCGGGAGGCAGCACGCCGAGGACGCGGCCGCGGACGCCAGCACCCUCAGCGACUCCUCCUCGGACGAGAAGCCGGGCGCCAGGGCGGGCCAGCGCGGCGACGAGGGUCCGUCGGCCACGCCGAAGCCGGCCAUCGACCAUUCCGUGGCUGGCUACGUCAUGCACGUGGACUGCGGCCACAACGGCUCGCUGGACGACGUGGACCUACGGCAGCUGGCGCUGCACCUGCGCGCCGCUCGCUUCGGCAGGUCUUAG